GAGCCAGUCCGCCGUUGCGGGACAAAGGGUGACGCCGAGAGCCGUAGUCAUGGCGUCGCCGGAGCCCAGCCUGGCCGCCCGGAGCCCCGCGGCGCCGCCCGAGCAGCAGGAAGGAGCCGGUGACUGUGCCGACCCUGAGCCCGACUCCGUGAGCCCCGCGGCGCCGGAGCUCCCUGGCACGCCCGCACCUUUGGACGCGGCGCUGCAGGCCGAAGCCGCCCCGCGGCCGGGUGCCUCCCGGCCCGGCCCCGAGACGUUCCGCCAGCGCUUCCGGCAGUUCCGCUACCAGGACGCGGCGGGGCCCCGGGAAGCCUUCCGGCAGCUGCGGGAGCUGUCCCGCCAGUGGCUGCGGCCUGACAUCCGCACUAAGGAGCAGAUCGUGGAGAUGCUGGUGCAGGAGCAGCUGCAGGCCAUCCUGCCCGAGGCGGCCCGGGCCCGGCGGCUGCGGCGCCGCGCGGAUGUGCGCAUCACUGGCUGAGCAGCGGAGCCGGGGGGCUCCUUGGACUGAUACCCUACCCUGAGUUAAUGAAAGUUGAAUUUUGACAGCU